AUGACGGAAAACGACGGGGCUCCGGAGCGCCUGAGGAGGUGUUGCUUCCCCUGCCGUAUACCACACUGUCACUCCAGGCCUCCAUCUUGCUGCUCUCCAGACAAAGCCAUGUCUGCCUUCAAGGACAUCUGGACUCAGGCGUUCUGGCGCUGCAUCGGGGCCGAGUUCCUCGCCAUGCUGCUCUUCGUCAUGCUAAGCCUCGGCUCCACCAUCAACUGGGGGGCCGCCGAGGAGGAUCCCCGCCCCGCCGACCUGGUGCUCAUCUCUCUAUGCUUCGGCCUGACCACUGCCACCAUGGUGCAGUGCUUCGGCCACAUCAGCGGCGCUCACAUCAACCCUGCGGUCACGGCAGCUAUGGUGAUGACCAGGAAGCUCAGUCUGGCUAAAGGCAUCUUCUACCUGCUGGCCCAGUGUGUAGGAGCCAUAGUAGGGGCCGGCAUUCUGUACGGCAUCACCCCGGCCUCUGUUAGGGGCGGAAUGGGGGUCACCACGAUAAAUAGCAGCAUCUCCGUGGGAAAGGCGCUGGUUGUAGAAUCUUUCAUCACCUUUCAGCUGGUCUUCACUGUGUUCGCUACCUGUGACCACAACCGUAAUGACCUGAAGGGUUCGUCCGCUCUGGCUAUCGGCCUGUCCGUGUGUGUCGGCCACCUGUUUGCUAUUCCCUACACUGGAGCCAGCAUGAACCCUGCACGGACGUUUGGCCCAGCCAUGAUCACAUGGUGCUGGGAAAGCCACUGGGUGUACUGGCUAGGUCCAACUCUAGGCGGGACUCUGGCCGCAGCCCUGUAUCAUUACCUGUUUUGUCCGGAACCAGACCUGAAGAGACGUUACUCUGAGGCCUUCAUCAAGAACACUUUCUCUGCGACCAAAUACCGGAAUGACUCAGUCACGGCCCAGGAGCCCCUCUUCACCAUCAUGGAGCUGGAGAGGGCUGAGCGGAAGGAGAGGGAGAGGGCCAUGGAGGUGCCGGAUGAUCCUCUGUGUGCCUAG